ACUCACAGCACAUGUGCUCAUGGUUCCCGAGUUCCGUUUAGAAAGUGGAUUUCUGGUGCCCUAAAACCAGGGAAACAAGUCCUCCGACGGUCCCCCACCCGGGUAAAAAGAACAAAGUUCGUUAGAUACUUCCAGUGCAUUAAAGGCCAUUGAAGCAUCCGUCCCGUGUAUUUAAAUCCCACCAUUUACCUCACUCUGAAAAGAACCCCUUCUGAUCUCCCUCCUCCUGCAACACAAGAAAAAACUAGGGUUUUUCUCCCACUGCAGCUAAAGAUGAGGGCUUCCAUUAUCAGAUCCAUGGAGAAAGCCCUAAGGAGGGGCUCUUCCAUGCGUAGAUCUUUCUCAAGCGAAACCAAACCCGAGCGGAAGGUUGCUGUUCUGGGUGCAGCGGGUGGGAUAGGGCAGCCUCUUGCUCUUCUCAUGAAGCUCAAUCCCCUUGUCUCCUCUCUCUCUCUCUAUGAUAUAGCCGGUACUCCUGGUGUCGCUGCCGAUGUCAGCCAUAUCAACACCAGAUCUCAGGUUGCUGGGUUUACGGGUGAGGAUCAGCUAGGGCAAGCACUGGAGGGCUGUGAUCUUGUUAUCAUUCCGGCUGGUGUUCCUCGCAAGCCUGGAAUGACCCGAGAUGACCUCUUUAACAUUAAUGCAGGGAUUGUGAAGUCUCUUUGCACUGCUAUUGCUAAGUACUGCCCUCAUGCACUUAUUAACAUGAUAAGCAACCCAGUCAAUUCUACUGUCCCUAUUGCAGCUGAGGUUUUUAAGAAGGCGGGCACAUAUGAUGAGAAGAAGCUGUUUGGUGUGACUACACUUGAUGUUGUGCGGGCAAAGACUUUCUAUGCAGGGAAGGCUAAGGUCCCUGUAGAGCAGGUCAAUGUUCCUGUUGUUGGUGGCCAUGCGGGUAUCACCAUUCUUCCACUUUUCUCACAAGCAAACCCCAAGUCCAAUGCCUUGUCAGAUGAAGAAAUCCAAGCUCUUACAAAGAGAACACAGGAUGGAGGAACGGAGGUCGUGGAGGCAAAAGCAGGCAAAGGAUCUGCGACAUUAUCUAUGGCUUAUGCCGGAGCUGUCUUCGCUGAUGCUUGCCUGAAAGGACUUAAUGGUGUCCCCGACAUUGUUGAAUGUUCCUAUGUGCAGUCUAGUAUCACUGAGUUGCCUUUCUUUGCCUCUAAGGUAAAGCUCGGGAAAAAUGGUGUCGAGGAGGUACUUGGGUUGGGUUCCCUGUCUGAUUAUGAGCAACAAGGACUAGAAAGUCUUAAAGGUGAACUCAAGUCUUCCAUUGAGAAGGGUGUCAAGUUCGCCAGGGAAAAUUGAGUGUUCUGGUUUGAGGAAAUAUUUAAACUUAAAAUCACAAUUUUGCAUCACAGCCAUAAUAUGCGACACUACCAUGACUUUGCGCAACCAUUAGUUUUAAGAGCUUCGGUUCUGUUGGUUACGGAUAUUGCCUGUGGUUUGGCAGGAGAUUCCCUUUAAAAUAAGGUUUUGACUGUUUUGUAGGAGAAUUCUCAAUAAUAAUCAGCAAUCUUUUGAAUACAAAGUUCUGUUGGCGUCA